UGACUAGACGUCCUGCUGCGUUUUUAUGACGCAAUUUAACCGCGACUCUUAUUUCUACUAAAAUGAAUUGUAAACGACAGCGAGACGAUAGCGACAAUACAGAGAAAAGAAAGAAGAGAAAGAAACGUGAAGAGAUAGCAGCACUUUCUCCGCUACUCGAGGACGAAGAUGUGAAGAGGGGAGUGAAGGAAGCAUGGUCGCAGCGAGCGCAGUACUCUCAUGGGGGCCUGGAGCUGGACUGCCACCCUUUCCCUCACUGCAUCAUCAGGAACUUCAUCCAGAGUGACAGCUUUACAGAGAACCUACAGAGGGAGCUUCUAGACCUCAACUUCCAUGAGAAGUCCAACGACCUGUACAAAUUUAAUCAGUCAGAUGACCUGAAAAAGAGAAAAGAGCCUCACAUCACAGGCUUGAGGGCAGCACUAUUUGGGCGGUUUCGAUCCUGGCUGGGGGAAGUGUUGGGGGUAGAACUGGAGCCCACAGUGGACAUUUCCUGUGCCAAGUACCAAUACACUGAUGUUCUGUUGUGUCAUGAUGAUGAGUUGGAGGGGAGGCGUGUUGCCUUCAUCCUCUACCUUGUCCCUCCAUGGGAGUGCAGCGACGGAGGAACCCUGGAUCUCUUCAGCACAGAUGGUCACUUCCAGCCCCAUAGUGUGGUGAAGUCUCUGGUGCCCAGCUGGAACACUCUGGUUCUCUUCGAGGUUUCACCCGUCUCCUUCCACCAGGUUGCAGAGGUGUUGUCAGAGGAUAAGUGUCGUCUCUCUCUGAGUGGCUGGUUUCACGGGCCGUCUUUGGAGCGACCACAUCGUCACAUCGAGCCCCCCUUCCCAAGGAGCCCCCACCUUCCCAGAGAUGAGACACUGCUGCUAGAGUGGCUGAAUCCACUGUAUCUGGACGUUGACUACCAGUCACAGGUUCAGCAAGAGUUCGAGGACAGCUCUGAGAUCCAGCUCAAGAAUUUCCUCAAAGAGGAGAAGUUUAAGGAGGUGAGUGAAGCACUGCGAUCGACUGAGGUCCAGUGGACCAAGCGAGGUCCUCCCAACAGGAGAUGUUAUGAAGUGGCUUCGUUAGAGUCCUUCCCCCAGUGUGUGAAUGCAUGCUGGGAGCUGCUGUGCUCGGAGGCGUUCUUCCUGCUUCUGUCCAACUUCACUGGCCUGAGACUGCACUACCUCAGCCCCAGUGACGAAGACGAGGAGGAAGAGAAGGACCAAGAAGAUGAGGAAGAGAGAGAAGCCACAGGGUCAUCUGGGGACACACCAUCAGCUAAUAAGAAUAACAAAGAGCCGAGCACGCCGGUGUGUGUUGGAGAGCUGCGGCGCUGGGCUCACGGGGGCUACACACUACUGCACGAUGGAGACGCAUCAAGAGCGGAGUACGCCCUUGACCUACUGCUGCCCCUGAGCUGUCCUGACUGGCAGACUGAGUUUGGGGGCUUCACCUCUUACGUUGCUAAUGAAGAGGAUGAGGAGCUCCUGACGGUGUAUCCAGAGGAGAACUCCCUGGCUCUUGUAUACAGGGACAAAGAGACUCUCAAAUUUGUCAAACAUAUCAAUCACAGAAGCUCCACCCUACCUAUUGGUGAUCCUUGUAGGAGAGCAGUUUAUGACUUCUCCUUUGUGUAUUAUGAAUGAGUUGUUGUGUGGGUGUUGAGGUGUGUGUGUUUGUAAUAUAACAUCACUGUGAUGGGUGGUUGGUCUACUCUAAAGCUCCAUGAUGUCAUGUGUUCUUCAUUAAAGAGAACAGGCAGGGAUACCCUGUUACCAUGGUUACCUGGUUUUAGUCGGUAGCCACAGAGUAACGCAGAUAAAAAAUUGUCUACAGUGACAGCAUUUGGUAGCAUUUUGUGUUCAUUAUCGUGUGUCAUUAUUGUGGCCCUGUAUGGCUGAGUUGGUAGAGCAUGGCGUUAGCAACGCCAGGGUUGUGGGUUUGUUUCCCGGGGCUACCCAGACAUAAAUGAAUGCACGCAUGACUGUAAAACGCGUUGGAUAAAAGCAUCUGCGAAAUGGAAUAUAAUAUUAUUAUUAUAUAUUGCUAGCUUAUUUGUAUGUGUCUGUAGUAUGUAUUCAAACUAUCUUACAGUAUUCAUGCUGUCACUGUAAAAAUGAAUCUGUCUGCAAGGAAAGUAAACUACAGACCAAUGAUUGAACACCGUCCACUCCCAUGUUAAAUUCUUCACUUGGAUACCAAACUGAAUAACAAAUUAGUAAUAACAGCUAGAUGUUUGGCAGAUAUCUGAUUUCACUAAUCUUUUUUAUUUAUUUUUUAUUGGCCCGUCCCCUCUUCUUACAGCUUUUGUUGUUGUUACAUUUAUAUAUGACUCAUAUUUUACAUACAUGGCACUUUUUUUACACAGUAGUUACAUAGCAAAAUAUAGUUAUUUGAUAUACAUUGCAUAGUACUUAAACACAUCGGUAUACAUUAUAUAGUUUUCAGUCACCUUAGUGAAAAUAUUGAAAUAAUGGUCGCAAUCUGACUGUUAAAUUUCGACAAAGGAUGGAGCUACAGAUUGUUAUACCAGAUAAUGUGAGUUAACCAGAGUUUUUUGGUAUCCAUUAGUGGGAGAUACAGGUUAGGUACUGUUUGGUGUAGCACAGAUCAUUUUUGACCAACCUUAACUUUGCGACACUAUCUUUGUUCUCGAUUCGGACAAACGUAUCUUCUAAAAUGUCUGUGUCCAAUUGCAAGUGGUACGAAAAUGCUCCAUUAUAAAUACAUGUUUUGCUCCAUUAAGUAAUCUAACGAUGUGUAAGCCGCAAUCUUAUCUAUUUCAAAUCUUCUCCCAUCGAUCGAGAUAGGUGUGUCAUCAUGACAACUAGGAAACAGGGAAAUUUUUGACGAAUUAGCAAAUUGGAAAUGUAUGAGUUUCCUAGUUCCAACUAGCAUGUGAAAGCGGCAUAAUCUCUCGUGGACAGAUGAAAUGGCGAGAAACUGUCAAGGUUCACAGAAUGUUGUUAUUACUAGCAGCAGUAGUUCCUGGUUUUGGGUUUUCAUCAUUGAUUACUUGGACGAAUCAAGAUUGGGCGAAGGCGGUGCUUAAACUGGUGCUGUUAUUUUCAAGCCCGUGUGCGGAUGAUAAACGAUUUCCACUAGAUUCCACAGCCACAAAGUCAAAAUUGGCUAUAUCUGUAGCUAGGAUCAACAGUGAAAUAUAGAGAAUGUGUUUGUGAUUAUUACAAUUUUGCAGCUGUGAUCAAGGAGGAUACUUGAGGAUGAACAGUAGUCUAACCCGUUUAAUGUGUGUGGGUGUUUGACAAUAACACAGCACCACAGCUAUAUUUCAGCACUAGGGUUUAUUCAUCGAUCCUGAUAUUUUAGCUUUGCACACUGUGAAGCACUGGCAUAUCAGAUUCUGAGAGAGGAAGAGGAGAGGGCUAAAGUCUGUCUUUUGAGUUCACCUGUCGGAAUUUUUCUGGAAGUGGCUCUCUGAUUAAUAGUGAGGCCAUUUCCUGUCAAACCUAGAUAAGACCUACAGUUUACUGUCAGACCUUAUGUGGGCCUUGCUCACUUCAUUUUUUGUUAUUGCUCCUUUCUAUUCUGUUAUAGCCUCCAUCUGGCCUGUUUUUGUCCCCAAGCAGUUGCCAUAGUUUCAGUCUGUAACAGAGGUUUUCAUUUGAAAGAGAACAUUUAUUUCCUUGUUAAAUGUAUCCUACCUUCUCUGAAAUAAUCACUUGUCUGACAAUGAAUGUGCAUGUAAGGCACCCCCCUUAAAUUCAAAAUGGCGCAGUGAUUACUUUGAGGAAGGAUUAUACAUGUCAACAGCAUUUAAACCGGGCAAAUUAAUAACAUCACCCAUGGACCUGGUUCCAAAAACCCCAAAUAACAGUACAUAUAUCUAUAUAGGCCUAAAUAAAAUAACCUCUUUCUUAUUUUGUAUUUUCCUUCUCACUCGAUUCCUUUUGCCGUUAGUGAUGAUAUCAUUUCAACAUUGUAAUUAGCUACACAGUUGCAAGCAAAUGGCUUCAGCAGUAAAGCAUCAGUUCGACAAAUAUUUCCAUCCAAUCAACCAACGAAAACAGUAAACGACUUCCUUCCCGUAGAGAUACGUGAUUCUAACCAAUAGGGAAGCGGCAUGUUCUUUCUCACCAAUCACAGUGCCUCGAGGUUUCCCUAUAGCCAAUCGCCUGUCAGGAAAUUAUUACUGUAUCUGUACUUGUUCCUCUGGUCAGGACGCGUUGCCGUCCUUACAAAGUUUUUUUCUUGUAAGAUGAGCCAAGGAGGAGGACAGAUGAGAACAGCAGGCCAGUGGAGCAAUUAGAACAGCAGCAGCCAGGGGCAAAUGGAAGGAAGAGGCUUGAAGAGAACACAUAGAAGACGCUUGUGACAGCUGAGGUCAGAUGACGGGAAUGACCAAACAAUGGACAUAAUGGAUGAAA